CUUAGGCUGUCUUUUGGUAGAGUAUAAUAACCCGAUCAGAAAUAGGGCUUCAAUCAGAAGUUAUUCUCUGUUCCUGGUCGCUGAGAGCCGCUUCGCCCUCUCUCUCUUCUCACUCAGUCUCUCUUCUCACUCAGCUCUUGGAAUUACAGGUAAGCAAUGGCGGCAACCUUGGCAGCGACGCCAGUGACGGGAGAACCUACUCAGCCUUACAACGAGGUUAAACUCUUCAACCGAUGGACCUUUGAGGAAGUUCAGGUUAAUGAUAUUUCCUUGAGUGAUUACAUUGGAGUCCAACCAGCUAAGCAUGCAACCUAUGUUCCGCACACUGCUGGGAGGUACUCAGUCAAGCGUUUCAGGAAGGCCCAGUGCCCAAUUGUAGAGAGGCUUACAAACUCAUUGAUGAUGCACGGCAGAAACAAUGGGAAAAAAUUGAUGGCAGUUAGGAUUGUGAAGCAUGCUAUGGAAAUCAUUCAUCUCCUAACUGAUCAAAACCCAAUCCAAGUUAUCGUGGAUGCCGUGAUUAACAGUGGGCCCCGGGAAGAUGCCACUCGAAUUGGUUCUGCUGGUGUUGUCAGGCGUCAGGCUGUGGAUAUCUCUCCUCUGAGGCGUGUUAACCAGGCCAUCUACCUCCUUACCACUGGUGCUCGUGAAGCUGCUUUCAGAAACAUCAAGACUAUUGCAGAAUGUUUGGCAGGCAGGCUCAUCAAUGCUGCAAAGGGCUCUUCCAACAGUUAUGCUAUCAAGAAAAAGGAUGAGAUUGAAAGAGUUGCUAAGGCCAACCGAUGAGAUAUCAAUGCCGGAUGGGGAUGGCGGUGGAAAAAGUUUUUUGCUUGUCUCAGGAUUUUUUUAGUUCUGUUGUAAAAUUUUGAGCAUACUAAUGAUGUUCGCCUGGUGUUUAUUUGUGCUAACGAUUGCUUUCCUUUUAUUUGGAGUUUUAUCAUGUUAUUAAGAAUGCAUUAGCAACUUAAAGUUGCUCAAAUUUUGCGUUUUCUUUUUAUAAAUAUCAUGAAUUUUAUUUGUGUGUG